AUGCCGGGGCGGGAUGAGCCCAGCGAGUGGGAGAAGGCAGAGCUGGACCAGGUGCAGGUGGAGCAGCGGAUCAAGGAGUACAAUAGCCAGAUCAACAGCAACCUCUUCAUGAGCCUGAACAAGGAUGGCUCCUACACCGGCUUCAUCAAGGUGCAGCUGAAGCUGGUGCGCCCUGUCUCAGUGCCGGCCACCAAGCGGGUCCCCUCCCUGCAGGCAGGGCGGCCGGGGCUGCGUGCCCAGGGGGUGAAGCGCCGCACGUCCUUCUACCUGCCCAAGGGGACCGUCAAACACCUCCACAUCCUCUCGCACACCCGCGCCAGCGAGGUCAUCGACGCCCUCCUCCGCAAGUUCACUGUCAUCGACAACCCCCGCAAGUUCGCCCUCUUCGAGAGGUCCGAGAAGGAUGAGCAAGUAUACCUGCGGAAGCUGGCUGACGAGGAGCAGCCCCUGCGGCUGCGGCUGCUGGCCGGCCCCAGCGAGAAGGUGCUGAGCUUCGUCCUGAAGGAGAACGAGACCGGGGAGGUGAAUUGGGACGCCUUCACGCUGCCGGAGCUGCACAACUUCCUGCGCAUCCUGCAGCGGGAGGAGGAGGAGCACGUGCGCCAGCUGCGGCACCGCUACGCUCGCUGCCGACAGAAGAUGCAAGAGGUGCUGGCCACGCGCACGCCGGGGUGA